GUCCCUAAAUACCUUGGUCGAAUAUUCUUUUAAGCUAUUUGUUGUGUUCUUUGAGCAGCAUAAGUGAAAUCACAUACCAUAAAACAACUCUUGUUCUUGUUUCUUGGUCAAAAGCCCUACUCACAUUUACAAUAACUUCAUUUCCAUCAAAUUUCAGUAACUGCGACAUCAUGGCAAGUGGCGACGUACCUUUUCCUAAGCUGGCUACUGGUGCUAUAUCUCCCCAGACCAGCCCGGACCCGGGAAUCCAUCCUCAUCAAGGCUCGACCUCAAUGAAGUAUGUAUUCACACAUCCUUUUCCAUAUCAUCAAUAGAGAAAGUUUCUGACAGUAAUACAGCGAAACGUUGACGGAUUUCCAUUGCUUCCCUAUAUUGCCUCUUGAGUUACGUCGCAAAAUCUGGAAUGCCUAUCUCGAUCAACAGCCUGGUUGAACUAUUGAACUCGAGUGGGAUACAGACAAUCCCGGCCACAAGCAUGAUGGAUACAAAGUGACAAAAUUGUCUUCUCGAACGCCUUCAGUUCUGCGAGAACUUAUUUGUCGAGAUGCUCGAGAUGAAGCUUUGCGGAAAUAUCAGCCUUGGUGUUUCGACAAUCGUCCCGAAGGACAUACCCCACCCCUCCGAAUUACAUACUUUGAUCCUUCUACCGACACUAUUUACUUCGGUAUGAAGACUUGCUUAAGUACAAUGUGCCGCUUUGUAGAUAGUUUGGUCAGUACAGGGAAACAACUUUCGCGUGUCGCGAUUUACUGCGCGGCGGACAAACGACACAGUUGUAUGAGGGAGUCUAAGACUGCUUGCUCGUACUUGACAGGAGGGACCUUGAACACGAUGAUCCACCUGCUCACCAACUUAGCACUGAUGAGACGAUUUUGUCUUUUGGAUUAAACUCUCUUUAUGGUGUGCAAGUGGAUGAGCACCCGAACCUCCGUAAUGGAUGGCCGAAUUUGGAGGAGAUUAUCCUCUGCGUUUCAUUCUUUCCACCUGUGGAUGAAAGCAUCACAUUCCGCCCAGCUAAGCACAUCGGAAGGCACUACGAAAAGAGGCAUUUACGUUACUUUCAAAGUAUUCAAGAUUUACAAAGUGGCCAGCCUCAAUUUGCAAAGUGGGUACCUAAUAACCGGCCAAAAUUCCAUUUUGCUUGCUUAUCCAAACGCGCUGAACCUGGCAAAGUAUUCGAUUUGUUAAUAAUGUCACAUGGAGGAAGUUGUACAGCGUUGAGUGAGAAGGAGUAUGUAAACGAUAUGAUUAAUCUGUCAAACCCGCACUGUCAGGUCAGGCUAGUAGGUCCCGAUUGGAUAUCUUCUUAUCAUUUUGAGCUUUAUGGCACUGAAGAGGGCAUCUUCGCUACUAAGAAAGCUUGCUUGUGAGUAUCCAGUGACGACGAUGAUGGGCCUCACUAAUACAAAUUAGAAUUCUCCCGGGCUCCUCCGAGGAGCAGCUUUGGGGCAAGAUCUGGCGUCAAAUAACCGACGAUCAAUGGAAAGAAUGGAACUUCCGGUUCGAAAAACGUUUUCUCUAUUGAUUCAUCACUACUCGAGAAUCCAACUCUGGUACAUCAACUUUUAAAUAUCUUUUAUCGUCCUGGGCUGGCGCCGUAUGUUUAUUAGUAACAGUAUUGUCAAUCUAGCCAGAUCUAGAUUGAGAACAGAUUAUUACAAAAGUCUCCUUU